AUGGCUGUAGUUAAACACUCUUCCAGUCUGCCCUUCCAAACGGAAGAGGCAGCAAGUACAGCCCAAACCUUGCCGCUUCUCCUCGACGCCACAGCCCUUGAAACCUCAAGCAAAAUCCUCCAUGUCAUCAAGAGGUAUCGCAUGUGGCAAGAAGAGAUAACGUCAGAUGAAUCGACUCUCAAGUUCAUCGCCCUCAUCUACAAACACGUCAAGGCAGGAAACUCAGUACCUCUCUGCCUGCCAGCCUUUCCGUUCAAGUCACCCAACUCGACUUCAAAAACCUUGGGCAAACUUCCUGAUAAGGGAGAAGAGAUUGCACUCGCUCACUUGAACGGUCUUUGCAGUGCCAUUGGAGACGUAUAUCCUCCUGGCGCCAUACUGACUAUUGUAUCAGAUGGCCUUGUGUACAAUGACUUACUAGGUGUCCCGGAUAAAGAUGUCUGGGCAUAUGGUGAGACUCUUCGAUCCAUGGCAGCCGACAUGGACUUCAAGAAUCUCUCUUUCUCGCGUCUACGAGACCUAGUAGACAUAGAUAUGCCAAAGGACCUGGAAGAGAUGACUUAUGUGGCCAAUGCCUCAAAUUUCCGCCAUGCACUUCUGAAUACUUUCAGUAAACCUGGUUGGAGCUGGGAUCAAGUCCAGCAAAUGGAAGAUCAAUGCAUGACUUAUCGCAGCUACAUCAAGUUUCUUCAAACGGAUUUACAGACGGUGUACCCACUUGAUGAUUCUCGAAGCAAGUCGGCAUACAAGAAGGGUAUUGAGUACAUUGCUAAGCAGAUGAUGGCUCGUGGAGAGGCCUUUGCUAAUGCAGUCCGACAAAGGUAUCCUGACCAUAUCCGCCUAUCUAUUCAUCCAUCAACUGGAACUACAAAGCUUUCUAUCAGUCUGCUACCUACUGAACAACUCUACAAAACACCGUGGCACUGUAGCGUGGCUUAUCGGUUGGAUGGCACUAUCAGGACCGGUAUGCGAUCAGAGUUUGAAAACGACCCAACUCUCGAACUAGUCCAUGAGAAGGGUCGGCCUUCCUAUUUUCGAGAGAAAUCUUCUCUAUUCUCAUGGGCCGAAGACAAAGGUGGUAUAAUUGCCACUCCAAUGUACCCUUCGGGUAUAACUAUUCGUCCUACCAACGGUCCUGGAUCUUUGACACUCGAAGACAUCGACACGCAGAAAGUGCGUGCCCUCUCGGAGAUCAAUUCACCUGUGGUUCUCAAAGGAUUUGUGAAGAAGCCGAAUCGCGACAGGCUGACUGACUUGAGCCACCGAUUUGGAACGCCACUUCCAUGGAAAUUCGGUCUGCUGCUCGAAGUCAGGGAUCGUGGCCAAGAUGCACAAGGGCUGAACAAUGUCCUGUCAGCAGAGCCUAUGCCCAUGCAUUAUGAUGGAUUAUUCAAAUUGGUUAAAACGGUGGAUGAGAAUGGCCAAGAUAAAAUGGUUUCAACUCCACCACGAUUUCAACUUUUUCACGGUGCCACCUCUUCGCCUAAAGACACUGGCUUCACCAUCUUCUCUUCAUCAACGCUCUUCUUCAAGUAUCUCCCAUCAUGGCUAAGAGAGCAGGAUCUUUCAAGACUUACAUGGCGCGUAUCGACAUCAGCUUUCGACAACACUGUCCUAAGUGAUCUCCCUCUGGUAGUUGAACAUCCUACGACCGGCAAGCCAUGUCUUCGAUAUCACGAACCAUGGCCGCAGUCCAAGACUAGGUUUGAUGCUUCGGAAGUUACUAUCGAAGGACUUGAGUCGCGACAAAGCGCUGCCAUAUGUAGUACUAUCGACUCAAUGCUGUAUGAUCGCCGGGUGGCUGUGUAUUACGCUUGGGAGAAGGGUGAUAUCUUGGUCAGUGAUAACACUCUGAUGAUGCAUACGAGGAGUGACUUCAUUUCGGGGAUUGAUCGAGAGCUGUGGAGGAUUCACUUUGAUUAA